AAAUUUAAGGGAGUAAGGUACUUCGACAUGAAUAGCAUAAAUGACGUCGAGGGAAGAGGGGAAGGCCCGCGAUAUAAACCCCCGUCACCCGUGUAGCUCGACGAUGUGGAGCUCUCAGCUCUGGUCUCUCAUCAAUAUCAAGCAAGCUUGAACUAUCACAAACGAUACAUACGCCGCUCUUCACCCGAUCAGUUCCCUCGAGGACGUAAAACCCCAAGUCAAACAAAAAUCAACAAAACCAAAUCCACAAAUCCACCUCGUCAACAUGCCUCGUGAAGGGUCCGGCCACAUCGCCGACAACGCCACCGAGACGGGCCACAACAUCAUCCACGGAGCCGGCCCGGUCGAGGAGUCCAAGGUUUCCCGCGCCGACAAGACCGCCCCUCUACCCGAACACGAGAAAGGAAAGGGGCUUCCAGGCAUGCCCGCCAGCGGAGGUCAGAGCCAGGGCUUGUCCCAGGGACCGAGUCGGGGGCAGGGCAGGGCGGCUUCGAAGUGAAGGCCGACAAGAUGAUGGGUCGGGUCACGUUGUAGUUACAUGUAUGGUGGAGAGAAGGGCAGAGGAGGACGAAAGGCAGGCAUCGUCAGUUGCCAUGUAUAUUUGCAAUGACAUAACGCUAAGAUUUUCCCUGAUGUUUGCUUCCCG